AUAAUUCAUUCUGUGCGUUAAAGUGGCGUCGCCGUGAGCGCGCAUUGUCCUCAGUGCGGGGCAGAGUGAGAAAGACCCAGCAGGCUGAGCUUUUAAAACACCGCAGGAGACUAUAAAGCUGCUCCAUGCCCGCUGCAGGAUCGGACCUCAGACAGGCGGAGGAGAAGGGAGGACAACAGCGUUCAAGGUUCAGCCGCGGAAAUCUGAGCUCUGCUCCAGACGCAAGCGCCGCCACAGUUCGACCCAGUCCUCUUGUCUCAGGGGAGUUAAAUCCGACUGCGUUACGGAUGCAUUAGUGUUGGACAGUUUUCUACUCGUUUCCACUCAGUGAUUAUGCUGCCUGUCUUCCGUUGCCGCCCUGCUUCAGUUUGACACAUCUGAGCUGGACCCGCCGGCCGGACUGAUCCCUAACUGGACCAAGAGUUGGACUCGUUAUCGCAAACUGUCCCCGUACGUAGUUUAAAUCCCCAGAAAAAGAUGGGAUCCCACCAGCUAGACUCGCUGUUCAGGAAAAGUUUGCUGUGGACGGUGCUGAUCCUCUGGAUGUCCAUGUUUGCUAACGGGACCUGGAAGACUGGACUUUACAAAGGAUAUUCAGCCGGGUCGCAGAAAGCAGCCACUCACACCUCAGUCUACCAGAAAAAGAACUGGUGUCCUCAUACAGUAACCAAGACAGUGACCUGCCAGGUGCAGAACGGGACGAUCCUCCAGCGGGUCUACCAGACCUGCCGCUGGCCGCAGGGAUGCUCAGGAGGCAGCUACAAGACAGUAGUGAGACCAUCUUACAAAGUGGUGUACCGCACUGUGACCUCACUCGAGUGGAAAUGCUGUCCAGGAUUCAGCGGCACUGGUUGUGGAGAAGAUCCGGGGAACGUGGCCGUGGCUCAAGAGGCAGUCAGGAGAGCCUCCGCACUUCGCCGUCCCCCAACACGAACAGGAGAGGCCCUCUCAAGUUGUCUGAACUGCAGUCGAAUCACAGCUUUGAGUGAAAAGCUCAACUCAUUGGAGGCAAAGGUGCAGCUGCUCACAGCGCCGGGCAGCACGUCACAUCGCCACCUACAAAGUAAAGGAGAAACGUCUCCAGAGACCUCGCUGCUAAUGGGGGCCGUGUCGGCUCAGGGAGCUCCUGGUGAGCAGGGCCCUGCAGGUCCUCAGGGUGAAAAGGGCAGAGAUGGACUUCCUGGCAGAGAUGGAAAGCCAGGAUCUCAAGGGCUGCCAGGUCCCAGUGGGCCUCCAGGGGAUGUGGGAGCGAAAGGCCCAUCUGGAGCUCCUGGAUCGAAGGGACUGCCAGGACCAGCAGGACCCCGCGGCCCACCUGGACACCCGGGAGAGAGAGGGCUGCCCGGGCCACCUGGGCCUCCAGGCCCACCAUCGCCAGCAGGUGCCCGCAUCCCAGAACCCGACCACAAUAGCGGAAAAGAUCCUUUCUUCACCAACACUUUCCACGACUCCAGAGGUUUGCCUGUUCCCGGACCUCAGGGUCCUCCCGGGCCUGUUGGUCCCCCAGGUCCCAGAGGCCCAGUAGGACCUCCUGGCCCAUCAGGACAGAACGGGACGCCUGGAACAUCUGGGGCACCAGGACCAGUGGGGCCAAAAGGAGAUCGUGGGGAAAGGGGUCCUCUUGGUUAUCCAGGAGAACGAGGCUUCAGAGGUGACCCAGGAGCACCAGGUCCCAAAGGAGAGUCAGGGGAGAAAGGCUUGCCGAACAAUCCAAAUGGGGACGGCAUACAUCAGAUCAGAGAGGCGCUGAAGAUCUUAGCCGAGAGGGUUUUAAUCCUUGAGACUAUGAUCGGUAUUCAUGAGCCUGAUCUAGGGUCUGGGGACGGACCGUUCGGCACAUCCUCCCCUAGUUUCUACAGAGAUAAGCGAGCAGGUGCGUCUCCACAUCGACUUGCUUCUCCUCUGUUCACCGACACCAAAGUCCGAGGAAAGUAGCACCCCUAUCCUCGACACUGACCCUGAGGAUCACAGACUGGGCCUUCCCCUCCAACAGGUCUCUCACCGGCAUUCAGCACAUUCAGACCCUAUCUGGUGCCCAGUCUGGGCUUUUAUUAAAUAGUUAGGAAUGGGGAACACCUCAGGGAAACUCAACUGAUAACUCCAUGACACCCUGAUUCAUUUGCUACCUGAGAACUGCUUUGAUUUUCCUCUCCAUCUGAAUGCUAAAAAAAAAAUAAAACAACUGUAACCAUAUUGAAAGAAAAAGGAAGAUUUUCAUUCUUGGUGGUCGUGACAGCAAAACAGUUCUAGACAGUAAGGGUUCAUUUAGAGAAAUGAGAAGUAGAAAUCAGUGUGAGGUUUUGCUGCUUUCAUAGUUUGUCUGCAAUCUGAAGAGAGUCCGUUAUUUAAAUACUCUGAGCUUGUACAGUCUGUAUUACAAAAUUACAUCCUCCUUCCGCUAGUAUUCCUAUAUUUUCAUCUUAUUGUUUAACUCAGUGUUAUGUAGUGCACUAAAAAGAUGAAGUCAUCUCUAUUUGAUGUGUUUUUAAAUGGUGAUUAGAAGUUUUCUGGUGUCUUUUCUUUGUGUAAGUGACUAAUCAAUGUUUUUGACAUAAAAUCUGCACAAACAUAGGCAUCUAUGUUAGAUGGUGCUGCAGUCCGAAAACUGAAUGUGCUGAAAUUAAAACGGCUCUGCUGACUGAGAUCCCAAACACACUCACAGAGGAAACUGUUAUUUGAACUUGAACAUAUUUUACCACUGUUGUGUUCUAUGACUGCUUAAACUGCUCUGAUGAAAACUCUUUUUCAUCUUAUAUCAAAGUUAUUGUGAAACUAUUUAAAAUUGUAGUUUAUGUUGUAAGCUGUUAUGUAACCAUUUUGUAUUUUGAUUUUUUUUUCUUUUCUUGCAAAUGUACUGUGUUAAGAUAAUCCUGCUUAGAUGAUAAGUGUAAUAAAAUGUUUUUAUUAUU